UCGCUCCAUAUAAGAUAAACUUGUCGCAUAUCAAUGACGUCACCAGACCCACGAGUGCUUUGGGGCAAUAGCUCACUACUGAGUGGCUGCAGGAAUCGCUGCUGGCUUGUUUUGUUUACAUUGGGGGAUGAGCCGUGCGGAUUAGUAGAACAGUAACCAGCUUGCACUAAAGUAAACACCCAGAAGACAUUUCACUAUCCAAAGCUUUCAUCAGCAGCAAUGGCAAAAAGCAAAGGGAAGGGGCAAAAACAAAAUAAUGUAUUUCACGUUGCAAACAGUAAAUGUGUAAAAGCCAAAAACAAAGCAAAGCCAGUGAAGAUAAGUCUAAAGAAGAUAAAUGUUUGUGCCAGUGAGAAGGUGAGCACCAUUAACAAGGUAUUUACAGAGAUUGAAAAGGAGGUUGUACAAGCAAAACUGAAUGUUCCAUCAAACCAGAUAAAGAAAAUACAGAAACCCAGUGCAACACAGGAGGCCCCACCCGAUGUAGAUCAGGCUGCAGACUUGUUUUCACAUUUGUAACAAUAUAAAUCAUUAAAAAUAAAAUCAAAACAA